CUAAUCAGCACCAACGGACGAACGCAGCGCAGAGGGCGUAUAUAAAGAGCGAACACUGCGCUAAGUCGCCUGAGACGUGUCCCAGGACGUUACACUGUCUGCAAAAUAUCUUUCUUUCACCCUCUGGAUCAACAUGAGAGAGUGCAUCUCCAUCCAUGUGGGCCAGGCAGGUGUUCAGACUGGAAAUGCAUGCUGGGAGCUCUUCUGCCUCGAGCACGGCGUCGGUCCGGAUGGCGUUUUCCUGGAGGGCCCUGUGGCUCCAAAUUCCCGUGAAGAUCCGUUCAACACUUUCUUCAACACUGGGAGUUUUGGCCGUCACGUUCCCAGGGCACUCUUCAUAGACCUGGAGCCCACGGUAAUCGAUGAAGUGAGAGUCGGAAAGUACAGAGAGCUCUUCCACCCUGAGCAGCUGAUCUCUGGAAAGGAGGAUGCAGCCAACAACUACGCUCGAGGCCAUUACACCGUCGGGAAAGAGAUCAUCGAUCGUGUCAUGGAGCGGGUUCGGAAAAUGACAGAUCAGUGCACAGGCCUGCAGGGCUUCCUCGUCUUUCACAGCUUCGGAGGAGGCACUGGCUCCGGCUUCACUUCCCUCCUAAUGGAGCGUCUCUCAUUGGACUACGGCAAGAAAUCCAAGUUGGAGUUUGCCGUCUACCCGGCUCCGCAGGUGUCCACUGCAGUGGUGGAGCCCUACAACGCCAUCCUGACCACCCACACCACCUUGGAGCACUCUGACUGUGCCUUCAUGGUGGACAACGAGGCCAUCUACGACAUCUGCCGCCGCAACAUGAACAUCAAGACCCCUGGUUAUAUAAACCUCAACAGGUUGAUCGGUCAGAUUGUUUCCUCAAUCACCGCCUCGCUUCGCUUCGAUGGUGCCCUCAAUGUCGAUCUGACAGAGUUCCAGACCAACCUGGUCCCAUUUCCACGUGUCCACUUCCCACUGGUUACCUAUUCGCCCAUCAUCUCAGCCGAGAAGGCGUACCACGAGCAGCUGACCGUGGCAGAGAUCACCACCUCUUGCUUUGAGCCGACCAAUCAGAUGGUCAAGUGUGAUCCUCGUCGCGGCAAGUACAUGGCUUGCUGCAUGCUGUACAGAGGAGAUGUUGUCCCAAAGGAUGUAAACACUGCCAUAGCUAAUAUAAAGACCAGACGCUCCAUCCAGUUUGUUAACUGGUGCCCCACUGGCUUUAAGGUUGGCAUUAAUUACCAGCCUCCCACUGCAGUGCCCGGCGGAGACCUGGCCAGUGUCCAGAGGGCUGUGUGCAUGCUGAGCAACACCACCGCGAUCGCUGAGGCCUGGUCCCGUCUCGACCACAAGUUCGACCUCAUGUACGCCAAGCGAGCGUUCGUCCACUGGUACGUGGGCGAAGGCAUGGAGGAGGGGGAGUUUGCAGAGGCCAGAGAGGACCUGGCCUGUUUGGAAAAGGAUUACGAGGAGCUGGGUCGAAUGAGCUCCGACUCUGAAGAUGAGGAAAUCUGAAAAAUAAUUUAGAUUUUUCUUAAUAUUUACCAAGUUGGUGCUAAAAGGACAGUAUUGGAGCCUUGUAAUGCUUUUUUCCCCCCAGCCUGUUGUUUCAAAAGGCAAAAAGUUAAACCAGACUUGAAUUGUAUUUUGAAAUUAACUGAAAUUAAAUUUGUUUUGCCAUUUUUUUCAUGAACACUGACCUUUCUACUUAUUUGGAGAAAUAUUUGGAGAAGAAAAAAAUAACAAAAGAAAAGGCCACUGGUGCUGCAAAAAAAGUAAAAAAAAACAAAAGGGGUUCAAACGUUUUGCUAUGGGGCCAGUUGAAAGUUUUUGAUUGUUUUUUUAUUUAAAUUGCAGAAACUAUUUUAUAGAGUUUUUAAUAUUUACCUGCUCAAAAUAAACGAAUUGCUCAAUAUUUUAUUGAAAAAACAAAGACUGAUUUCUGUAGAAAAAAGAAUCUGUAAUCCAAAAUUGUAGAUCUGAAUAAUAAAAAGAUUCUCACAGGUUCGCCCUGUAAAAAAAAAAAAAAAAGUGGAAAAAAACAACAUACGAUGUCCUAAAUUGUUGGGGCUGAUUAUCUUAUUAUAUGUUUUUUUUAUUAUGCAGGUGUGUAUUUUUGGCGAGAUAAACAGGAUAUGCUUCACUCUUGCUUUAUUAAGGCAAUAAUAAAUGGCUGUGCCAAACUACUUUUCAGUAAAAGUCA